UCAGUUCAGUUCUCAAGAUCAUUUAAACCAUAAUUCAUCUAAAAAAAACUUAGCAAAAUGUUCAAAUUCGUAGCUCUAUUCGCUUUGAUCGCUUACACAUCAGGAUCACCAAUUGUUGCUACUCCUUAUGGAUUAGCUGCACCAGUUGGCCUCGCACCAUCUGUUGUCAAGACUGUCGAAUAUGAUGCCAACCCACAUUAUUCAUACACAUAUUCAGUCAAUGAUGCCAUUACAGGAGACAGCAAAUCACAAUCAGAAACAAGACAAGGAGAUGUUGUUACUGGAGAAUACUCAUUCGUUGAAGCUGAUGGUUCAUUCCGUCGUGUUGUUUACAAUGCUGAUCCAGUUAAUGGAUUCAAUGCCGUUGUCAGCAAAACAGCCGGAGUCGCACCAGUUGCAAAGGUUAUUGCUCCAGUUGCCAAAGUUUUAGCCCCAGCAUAUCAUGGUCCAGUCGGUUACGCUAAAGCUAUUGCCCCAGCAUACCCAUACUAUGGAUAAAAUAUUAAAUGCCAAAUACAAAAAAAAAUCAUCAAUUUUUCAUAAACUUCGACUUCAUUCAGCCAUUGAUAAUUUCCAAAGUGAUGAACAAAUAAUUACAUAGGAAAAUGUAAAGACAUUGUGAUUCAGAAAGAAU